AUGGCCCCCGGUGUUGAUAUGACUACUGUACAUCUCGGGGUCAAAAUCGAGGAGUCUCCUGCGUCUGCUUUCAGCAAGCCCAGCAGCUGCAUCCAGGCGAGCGUGGCGGCGAUGGGAGGAGAGGAGGAGAGUGACAAGCCCAAAGUGUCCCCCCCAUCCCUCCUGCCUUUCAGCGUGGAGGCGCUCAUGGCUGAUCACAGGAAGCCGGGGGCGAGAGAGAGCAUCGCCACCAGCCCCGAAGGGGCAGUGCCCCUGGCUGCUGGGACUUCCACUCAUCAGACCCUCAGUCCCAGGGUGGGAUCCUUAUCGGUGGCAGCAGAGACGCCGGCUUCCCCGCUACCGAUCAACAGCCAUUUUUCUGUCGGGGGACUAGUAAAAUUGCCCGAAGAUGCACUUGUCAAAUCGGAAAGCCCAGAGAAGCAAGAGAGGACGGCCUGGAUGCAGAACCCCAGGUUCUCCCCACCUCCCCCUAGGCGGCUGAGCCCCCCGGCCUGCACCCUGCGCAAGCACAAGACCAACAGGAAGCCUCGGACCCCGUUCACCACGGCGCAGCUGCUGGCCCUGGAGAGGAAGUUUCGGCAGAAGCAGUAUCUGUCCAUCGCCGAGCGAGCGGAGUUCUCCAGCUCGCUGAGCCUCACCGAGACCCAGGUGAAGAUCUGGUUCCAGAACCGGCGCGCCAAGGCCAAGAGACUACAGGAGGCCGAGCUGGAGAAGCUGAAGAUGGCAGCCAAGCCCAUGCUGCCUCCGGCCGCUUUCGGCAUCUCCUUCCCUCUGGGCGGCCCGGCGGUGGCGGGCGCCUCCCUGUACGGAGCCUCCAGCCCCUUCCAGCGGGCAGGGCUGCCCGUGGCUCCCGUGGGACUCUACACGGCUCACGUGGGAUACAGCAUGUACCACCUAACAUAG